AUGCUCCGAAGAAACAGUUCUACUCGACCUAGUCGAAGCAAAUCAACAUCAUCAGCCUACGGCAAACACGAUACUGUCGACCCUGAAGAGUCUCGAAUGCAUGCUCACGCUGCAGCAAUGUAUGCCUUCAAUCGAGCCCAGGAAAGGAGUGGCACGGGUUGCGGAAACACGUACGGACUUUCACGAAACAACAGCACAACUCAGGGGAAUCAAUCGCGGCCGAGUCAACAAAAUACUUCUACAAAUAAUGAUAAUCCAGGACUCAAACGUCAGCAAAGUGUCCGGUUUGCAGGUCCCAAUGCGGUCAAGAGACGUCAAUCGACAGGAAAACGAACGGAACCCCCUGUAUUGACCCAUAAACCAAGUACUGCAACCUUAAGACCUGUUGCGAUGACCACAAAUGCGCCGGUCCCUGCAGCGUAUCGUCCACCAAGUCGUUCUUCUUCAAUUGGCAAGGCUUCGCUUGGCAAGGCAGCUGUUCAAGAUUACGCUGCUCAUAAUUACGUUACAAAUUUGGCUUUUGAUGAAUACUACACACAAGAGGAUGAUGUUGCCUCAACGCCAUCUUCAUAUCGGCGGAUCAGAAAGUCGAAGUCCAUGUUUAAUCCCUUGUCGGCGCCAUCCAACGUCUAUUACAGCAAUGGUAGCCCUGACCGCACCAAUUAUUCAUCCACUCCGCGCACUCAAGAGAACGAUGCUCCCUUGCGAGCUCCAAAGUCAAUGAGCUUUCUCCGAGGAGGACGGGAUUACUUCAAGUCUACCAUAUCAUGCGAAAGAAAUGAUGAAGCCGUCCAAAUGGCCAGAGAUCGGUUUUUUGUUCAAGCCACGCAACAAAGACUUCGGGAGCAACCAUCUUUCCUUUUCAGAUCAAAAGCACAACGACAGGAAAAGCCUUUUCGAAAGUCGGUUCGAAGCAGCAGCGGAACAUCUGCAGCGACAUUUGAUUCGACUGAAUCUGUAAGGGAAGGCGGAUUGAGGGCCAAAGCUCGUAAGGUAUCCCAAGGAUUAAGAAGCAAACUACGGAAAGUAUUUGGACGCAACAAGGAAGAACCCGUCGUUAUUCCCAAUCAGCAGGUGGACGCCAUUGAAACUCACAUCCGAGCAUAUGCCGGACAAUUAUCACCCGAUCAUGAGUCUUUCCUCGAUAUUCCUAGACCUGAUGAGGCUGCAUUCGCUCAUGUAGCAUCUCGAGUCCCAUCAUUACGUGCUAUUGCCUCAAGUCAAAGACUCAGGUCACAAAGUGGUAGCAUUCGCAGCUUCCGAAGUGAUAAUAGUGACGAAAAGUCUCGAGUAACAAGCUGGACCAAUAGCACGGCCAACAAUACUGUUACGAGUCAAGGAUUGCGUCCUCAACCUAGCAGAGAUCAAAGACUUUCUAUCAUUAAUGAAUCAGGUACCCAUAUCUCUAAAGCAGCAUUUCAUCGUCCAAAUGUAAAAAAUCAACAUCCAGCCUAUCCUGCAUUUCAUCGGCCGGGUCAUGUCCAACCGAUUAGACCAGGAGGUGUAGAUAGCGCCAGACUCUGCUCUGCUUUGAUGAAGCGUCUGGACGAGAACAGCCCGGAAGCAAUGCUCGCAAAGUCAAGGAAGGCCAGUACCGAUACUCUCAGAGCUGAUGAAGUCCCCAGACGCACUAGCUCCUUUACCGACACCCUCUCACAGUCCAAGUCAUGGAUUCGACAAGUACCUCCAGACUGCGAACCGAGCAAUCAAAGCCAAAACCAAUACUCUCAAGUAUACAAUUCGAACAUUGCUGGUUCUAAUCGCACUGCUAAGGGUGAAGAUCAUUUCAGCCACGCCAUUGGCCCUGAGCAUCAAUUCAAAUCUGCGGAUUUGCCUUUAUAUAAUACGCAACCUCAAAGCCAAGACGACGUAUUUUCCUCGCACCCCGAAUCUAGCGGCGGCUGCUCUUUUGAUCAGCGAGGCAAUAUGCAUAGUUCAGAGUCUGCAGAAGGAUAUAUCUUAGCUAAUAUCGAUGUUCCAUACUUUCCUGUGCAAGACCCUUCAGGUCUCACUCCGCAGCAAAUCGCCGCACGUGACGAUCCUAUAAUCCCAAGCACAAAAGUUAUCCGCGAGGCAAGGUCGGCAUUCUUUGGAGGUUCAACAUUUAAGAUAGACAGAAUCGGGAAUACAAGUCCGUAUCGUCGUGCGUUGGCGGAAAGUGAUAAUUCAGCCGUGGCCAGCGAUGACUGCAUGGUUAGAAGAGGCUCACCAGUCCGAAAUACUCUCCAAGCAACUGGCCAUGGUCAUGAUGAUGCUUAUAGUGAGAGUGUCUAUUCUCGACCGACAGCUGGCUACAAUCUUUCCGAGGCUAUGAGUAGCGACACCUCGGUUCCACUCGCGAAUGUAAGACUGCCAUCCUUACCUGUCGACAGAUCAAGCGCUGGUGGUGCUAUUAUAAUCAACAGCACCACCUACCGUCCAACUCAUCCCAGACAACGAGGUGAUGAUUCCGGAGGCUCGGUUGACUGGAAACAGUGGAUGUCAUCCGAAGUCGCGAGAUUAGAAAGACCACAAGAAAACAAUCGAGUGAGCGUUAGUAAUAUCGAUCGUUCAUUAUCAGCCACGCCCACGAUUCCAGGUUCCUAUCGUAUUGCGCAUCGAAGAGAAUACGCACAGAUGACGGAUGAUGAUACGGAUAUUGCUCAGAAAAAGCUGCCCACAGGCAAGCAGCCACUUGGUCUCGUUCAACAGAUUCCUUCGGGGAAUGGCCAACUCCUCUUGAAACCGAUCUUGAAGAAACGCUCAACGACGUCUUUAGCUGAAAAUGCAUAUGUCGAUAAUGCUAAAUCAUUUGUCAUUCCUCCCGCACCACCAUUUCCACCCCCUGUUCCUGCUAGAUCAUCUUUAAGACCCAUGCAAAGCAAGACGAGUUUGAAAAGCACCUCAACUUCUCAGUACGCACCCACCACACCAGGAUCCACUAUUCAGAACACCAGUGCAAAUGCUCGAAAUGUCUUGCACAAACGUCUCUCCUCUGCAACACUGAGGAGCGCACCAACGACACCUAUUCAAGGCGUGGAAAGUCAUGGCGCUGGCACUCGCAAUGUUCUGCAUAAACGCAAUGUCUCAGAUGCAACGCUGAAAAGCGGAAAGAGUAAGAGCAAGAGUAUUAAAAGUGUCAGGAGUUUCGAUACAAGUGCGAGUCAACGUUGUAAGGGGAGUCCGGCGAAGCUGGUGAAGAGGUCGGGGAAACCGGUGGGUAGUUAUACGCCGCACAGUAGUCCAGGGACGGGGAUUGGGGCGGCGGUGGAGAGACAGUUUGGGGGUGUGGAGGUGGGUAUGGGGAUAGGGACAGGCAUGGGGACGGAAAAUGGGAGAACCAGAGUAAGGGCUGGGGGGAGGGAGAAUGAGAGGGCAGCAGGGGGGGAGGAUAUUUAUGGGGUUGAGGGGAGUGGGGUGUUGGGUCCCGGGGUGGGGGUGGGGGUGGGGGUUGGGGUUGGGGUUGGGGUUGGGCUGGAUCAGCAGCAGUUGGGCAGUAAACACAUGGUGGAUUUGUUUUUGAGUAGUAGGCGCAGGAGAAUCGCUAGUGUGGGGACUAUGGCAGGCGGCAGUAUGAGUGAGGAUGGCGGCGCGAGACAUGUUAGUGGAAUGGGGGAGAGUGGUGCGGUGUUUCUUUAG